AUGCUUCAAUUGUCGACAAUAUCAAGCCGGGCUGGCUACAGCCCCCUUGUACCCUCUCCUCUGAACCCAGAGGUCCACACCAUCGCGCCGCAGCGUUGCCAGAGAUUGCGGGAGAAGAGACGCCAGCAGAGCCGUGGAGACGUAAGCCCGACCCAGAGGCUGCUCCGUCACAAAGCCGCCAUGGCCUGGAAGUCGGAAGCCCUCACACGUGAGAGUACAAUGUACACCCGCGAGGAGAUCCUCGACAUCAUCGCCGAGUGCGACCGUCAAGAUGCCGCGGCGAGGGGCACCCCGGUCAUUACGACAACGUCCAGCGACAAGCAGACGGACAAGCCGCACCCUCGGGUGCACAUCCGCGCGGCGCACUGGAAGGAGCACGACGGAGAGGAGUAUGACUUCUUCUGCGAGAUGGACGAGUUCGACGCCAGUGAUGCCGACGAGAGCUCACGUCAAUGGUCCUCGCUCGUCCCUAGGCUGCGCAGCCCCUUCUCCAAAGACACGGCACGCCGAGUUGCGCUGGCAUUCGGAUUGAUGUGUAUCUGCGGGUGUCUGCCGGUGCUUCGAGCCCACGGCUUUCAUAUCUACUCGGUCACCGAGGCGCCAUAG